AAUUUCCAUCACAUAAAAAUAUCAACUCUCUCAUUACAUUUUUAUCUUAUAUAAAAAACCAUCUUCUUUCUUGUUAUUAACUACUACAUUUGAAGCCGGAAAAUUUAGUAACACAAUGGCCGGUGGAGGAUUUUCGACCUCCGGUGAUGGAGGCACGCAUUUCGAGGCUAAAAUCACACCAAUUGUUAUCAUCUCUUGUAUUAUGGCUGCUACUGGAGGACUUAUGUUUGGUUAUGAUGUCGGAGUUUCUGGUGGUGUUACAUCAAUGGAUCCAUUUUUAAAAAAAUUCUUCCCAACGGUUUACAAGAGAACAAAGGAACCAGAGCUAGACAGUAAUUACUGCAAAUACGAUAAUCAAGGGCUGCAAUUAUUUACUUCAUCUUUAUAUCUUGCUGGUUUAACGGCGACGUUUUUCGCUUCUUACACGACAAGAAAGCUUGGUCGGAGAUUAACGAUGUUAAUCGCCGGCUGUUUUUUCAUCAUCGGAGUUGUACUAAAUGCUGCUGCUCAAGAUUUGGCUAUGCUUAUUAUUGGAAGAAUUCUUCUUGGUUGUGGGGUUGGUUUUGCUAAUCAGGCUGUUCCACUAUUUUUAUCAGAAAUAGCACCUACAAGAAUUCGUGGAGGACUUAACAUUUUGUUCCAACUUAAUGUAACUAUUGGUAUUCUUUUCGCCAACCUCGUCAACUAUGGAACAGCCAAAAUAAGUGGAGGAUGGGGAUGGAGAUUAUCAUUAGGGUUAGCAGGAUUUCCAGCAACCUUGUUGACCUUGGGUGCAUUAUUUGUUGUUGAAACCCCAAACAGUUUGAUUGAAAGAGGUCAUUUAGAAGAAGGCAAAGAAGUACUUCGAAAAAUCCGAGGUACCAACAACAUUGAACCUGAAUUCUUGGAACUUGUCGAGGCUAGCCGUAUUGCUAAAGAAGUCAAACACCCUUUCAGAAAUUUACUCCAACGUAAAAAUAGACCUCAAUUGAUCAUCUCUGUUGCCUUACAGAUAUUCCAACAAUUCACAGGAAUCAACGCAAUUAUGUUCUACGCACCCGUUUUAUUUUCAACACUAGGGUUCGGAAGCAGCGCAGCUCUUUACUCAGCCGUGAUCACCGGAGCUGUCAACGUUCUCUCCACCAUUGUCUCCGUCUACUCCGUUGACAAGCUGGGACGACGAGUCCUCCUCCUAGAAGCCGGGGUCCAAAUGUUAGUAUCUCAAAUAAUAAUCGCCAUAAUCCUCGGGAUCAAAGUUACCGAUCAUUCAAAAGAUCUCAGCCACGGUUGGGGAAUCUUCGUAGUGAUCAUGAUCUGCACGUACGUGUCCGCUUUCGCGUGGUCGUGGGGCCCACUAGGAUGGUUAAUUCCUAGCGAGACAUUCCCGUUGGAAACACGUUCGGCUGGGCAAAGUGUUACCGUAUGUGUUAACUUGCUCUUUACGUUUGUUAUGGCACAAGCGUUUCUCUCAAUGCUUUGUCAUUUCAAGUACGGGAUAUUCUUGUUCUUUUCGGGGUGGAUUAUCGCGAUGUCGUUGUUUGUUUUCUUCUUGUUGCCCGAGACGAAGAACAUUCCGAUUGAGGAGAUGAAGGAGAGAGUGUGGAAGGAACAUUGGUUGUGGAAGAGGUUUAUGGUUGAUGACGAUGAUAUUGAUACUGUUAAGAAGAAUGGACAUGCUAACGGAUAUGAUCCAACUUCCCGGCUAUAAAAAAAUCAAAAGAAAAUAGGUUAGCGGGUUUUUUUAAUCAAUACUAGAGAUGCAUGCAUAAAAAUAACUUAAAAGCCAAUAGAUGAUCAGAGCUUACUGUCUAGUGAUAUCGAUUGGAAUCUCACGAAAUAGGUGUGAAUUAAAUUUUUACUGUCCGCUUGUAAUAGUAAUUGUUUAGUCAACAGAUCAUAAGAGAUACACUAUGGUGAAAAUUAAUGGAACCAUAGGUAUAUUAGAAACUGGUAAAUGUUUUUUUGAGCAAGCACUUUGAUGUUUAAUUUAUUGUAAUGUAUGUAUGGUGGCUCAAAAUUUGGCAUAAGAAAUGAAAAAAGGAUUUGAGUAAUUA